AUGGAAUCUCGAAGAGGACGAGACCCCAAAAGCAAAGGACGCCAAUUAGGCAUAUCUGAGGCCGACCUAGGAGCAACUAUGGUGAGCCGACGCAGUGGACUAGGACACGAUAACGGAGAACCCUCUAACGCGAACCCCGACCUAGCCCAUAUCGUGCAAGCGUUCAUAGCUGCUUUGAACGCUAACUGCCAAAACCAAAACCACGAUGACGAACCUAUGACCCGAGCCCAAGCGAUGAACGAGUUCUGCAAACGUCGACCUCCGACCUUUCACGGAGACACCAACCCUGUCGUGGCUGAGACAUGGCUGAAUGAGGUCAAAAUGAUCCUCAGAACCCUCGGAAUUACCCAGAAUGGAGAUCGUGUGGCCUUAGCUACCUAUCAGCUGAAGGGAAAAGCCCGAUAUUGGUGGGAUCUUAUGGAGGCUACCCACGCCGUAGCCACCAUGACCUUUACUGAGUUCGAGACCCUAUUUCUCAACAACAAAUUUAAGGAACUGUCCCGUUACGCCCUAACCUCCAUACCGACCGAAGACAAGAAAGCCAGAAGGUUCGAGUGGGGGCUGACGACUGCUCGAAAGGCUGUGGUAGCUCAAGCCUUCGCCACCUAUGCUGAAGUGGUGAAUGACAAUCAUGGACCUUACUCCACCAAACCCUUUACCCCGUCUCAGAACAACCAACCCUGGAGAACUGCUAACCCUAAAAGUGGCGAACCAAAGAGAGGUGGUAGAGACAUAGCGACAGUUCAGUGUUUCAACUGCCAGGCUAUGGGUCACUAUAAGUGCGACUGCCCCCAACUUCAAAGAGGAGGGAAUGGAAGCUUUGGAAAUCAGAAAGCUCAACAACCCGAAUAG